UGAUGAUUGUGAUGUCACAUUUCAGUGGGAUGUUUUCCCAGCCUCUCGGAUCGCUCAACACAAACGAUGAAUGAACAAGAGGAAGUCGAAGGCAUUCAAAGUGCAGUUGCUGUUGCAGCAAUCACUGUGCUGUAUGCAGCGAUAAGAGUCUUGACGUGCCAAACACAAGAGAUUCAGCGCAGGCAAUCACUGAGGACAAGGCGGCGUCACAGACAGAAGCAUUUAAAAUUGAUUUCCGAUGAUGAUCUGUUGAUUGGCUUUCUGGCAUGGAGUUUGAAGCAACACAGAGUCACCAGAGGCAGAAGCUGCUGGAUGCUUCCCCGAAUCCGCCAUCAGUGGUUCCUAAGAGAAGUACUUGCGACAUGGGACAGUGAGAGAUGGGUGCAAAACUUCCGAAUGUCAAAAGCCAGCUUUUUCAAGCUCUGUAACUUACUCAGGUAUAGAUUGGAACCAAGUGUCAAUGCUGUCCGUGAACCUCUGCCUCUCGAAGUCCGUGUUGCUAUCAGUCUGUACAGUCUGGGAUCUACAAUGGAGAACAGAGUGACUGCCAAUCAGUUCCACUGUCACAAAUCGACCGUACGCCACCAUGUUCUAGCAUUUUGUCGUGCAGUGGUAUCUGAAAUGGCCGAUUACAUCCAGAUGCCAACUGCUGAUGAGGCCAAGGAAAUUGCACAGCGCUGGGAAGACAAAUGGGGAUUUCCUCAGGCUUACGGCGCAAUAGACGGGACUCAUAUUCCGGUUACUGCACCAGAGGAGGGACUACGAGACCACGUGAAUCGGAAAGGCUGGCCAUCUGUGCAGCUUCAGGCAGUGUGUGAUGAUAAGUACAUCUUCCGGAACAUCUACUGCGGUGGACGAGGUAGCUGGCAUGACUCCAACGUUCUGCGAACCAGCAGUCUGUACAGGACCAGCGAGCAACUCCCAAAGGAACCCGUUCUGCUGGAAGGAGUCCCGGUACGUCUGUGUUUGCUGGGCGAUCCUGCCUACCCGUUAGCAACGUGGCUCAUGAAGCCAUACCCACAACCGGUUCAUUCAAACCAAGUCCGCCAGCUGACAGCGGAACAGGAGCGAGUGUCUGCAGAGCAGGAGUCAUAUAACGUAUACCACAGCUCUGGAAGGAUGACAGUCGAAUGCGCAUUUGGGAGGCUGAAAGGACGCUGGAGAAGACUGCAAAAGCGCAUGGAAGUGGACCUGGGAGCCGUGCCAGUGAUUGUUACAGCAUGCUGUAUUCUCCACAAUUUCUGUGAGCUACAGUUGGAGCGGUACUACGAUGCGUGGGUGCCAGAUACUGUGAUAGCUAACCGGUGUUAUCCGCAACCGACCACGCGAGCGAGUACCGAAGAGGCACAGGAUGCCAGGGGGAUGCGAGACGCCAUUCGUCGCCAUCUAGCCAACAACCUCCCGCUUCGCAGGUCAGCAUUCCGCUAGUCAUGUACAGCAUCACUCCCCGUCGUCUUUGUGGUGCGGAGGGCACUUGUUUGAUGCGCCGAAGCGUCUGGCUCGGACCAAACAUAAUGUUUAAUGGACUGUUGUAUUUUGUUCAGGGCUCGUGCAUAUUUGUGCGUUUCGUCGUUUACGAAAGGUGUUGGCGAUGGAGGUAUUUCGUCUGCAUCUCUUCGUCGCCGUUGUCCGUCGGGGCCGCGUUUGCCACAUACGGCAUCGAGAUCAUGCCAUGUUUGUUUCAUGUCAGCGCACUGGUGACAGUAUCUGUGCUUCUGCCGUUUCCUUUCGGUCUACUGCGUUGUCGCUCGUCCGUGAUGCUCCUGAGUUUAUAUAAAUGCACUGACGCUCGUCAACGAUG